AUUAUUCUUUAAUAUUAUUUAUCAAAGAAGAUUUUAAUCAUGGCAGGAAGAGGACGUGGAAAAUUCAAACCUUCUAUGUCAUUUAAUACAGAACAAUUAGGAUUUGCUAAAGGAGAAGUUUUACCACCUCCGGUUUUGCAACCUCCACAGAAAUAUCCAAUGUUGGAAUAUAAAGCUUUGACUUUUUCAAUUACCAAUGAAAUGAGUUAUUUAUUGGAAUUGAAAAGGGACUAUACUGAAUAUUUAAGAGAAUCUCCAUAUAAUGUACAACCUAUAGAAUUGAAAAAAGAUAUUGAACGUUAUUCUGAUCGUUAUCAAGAUUUGAUGACUGAUAAAAGUGGCUAUGAUACUAGAUAUGAUUGGUCCAAAGUACCAGCGGAAUUAAAACCAUCUAUUCGUAGACAAAAAAGUCAAGCGACUGUACAGCCUAAGAAAAAACAGAAAACUGUUGAUAUAGAAUCAAAGUUACAAGAAUUAGAAAAGAAAGAGACUAAUCAACAGAGUGAUGUACAGGAAGAGGAAGAAGAAAAGGCUGAUGAAGAAACAGAAGAAAAAGAAACAGAUGAAGUGGUUGAGGAUGAGGAAGAAGAAUUAGAUGAGGAAAUGGAUGAAGGGACUGAUUAUGUAAAUAGUUAUUUUGAUAAUGGAGAAGGUUAUGAUGAUGAAGAAGAUAAUAUGGAUGAUGGACCUAUCUAUUAAAAUUUAUCUUUAGAGUAUUUAAGAAUUCGAUUUUUGAUCAUAUGCUUGCAGAGUGUCUCUAUUGCAGAGUUGUAGAGUAUAUAUAUAUAAUCUAAUGCAAUUAAAUUUC